AAAAAUCUUCUCCAAAACAGCAAGGCCAUGCUAGUCAUAUUGAUAGUGAAGCAUCCCCAUGUCGUGUGGAAAUCAUCAUCCCAUAGGGCUAGGUUUGAGUCAUAAUAGGGGGUCAUAAUGUGUCAUGGGAGUAAAGAGGGUAAAAUUCUUCUGAUGACAAACAACAGAGCGUGACUCAGGUGAGUGUUGUGGCCUGUGGGACUCUUGUUAACCUUCACAUUCGAUUAGUAAGGGAGAAAAUGUUUGCAGAAUCAGAAGGAAAGCCGUUAGAUUUCAAACAGUCAACCUCAAAAUAACGUGUCUAUCAUUCAAAAUAAACAGUCAACCUCAAAUUAAGGUGUCUAUCAUUCAAAAUAAACAGUCAACCUCAAAUUAAGGUGUCUAUCAUUCAAAAGUAAAUCUGACAGGGGAGACCCAUCAAUAGAGGGCUCGGCACCCAUUAAUAAGCCUUUACUAAAUGUAUAGAUAUGAAGCUGAUAAUACUUCUGUCAUAAGUGAAUGGUGUUUCCUGUUGAAUGAUUAAUUCAGUGUUUGGUUUAGGAAUUGAUUAGACUUCAUCAUAGAACAGGUGGUGUAUGAACUGCACAUGUAGGUCAGGUAUGGAAUAAGCUAGCUUUUUUACCUGCUUCACCUAUUCCAUUGUGUUAAUGGUGUUUAGUGUAAGGAUUAUCCACUCAUUUCUGUUUUUCUAAGUGUUUCAUUCUAAAACACAGCAUGGUUUAAAUUACUUGGGACAUAGAAUGAAAUUUGUGGACUUUUAAUUUUGGAACAUGUUGUUUCACAGAAAGAAGAUGUCAAAGAUGAUUCAGAAGUAGGUGUUGAUGGGGUCAGCGAUGGUUUAAAGGGCAGCAUUCAGGGGAAAAGGGGCAGGUCUGGGGACAGUUUUGCAGUAUUGAUGUAAAGUGAAACCCUCUCCUUCUCCCAUGCUAAAUGAUUUGGAAUUAUGGAAAUAUGCAAAAAAAUGUUUUUGUCAACCUUAAAAUGACCUGAGGGAAUGCAAACCAUAAACGCUGGGAAAACACACCAAAAUACCCCCAAACACACAGACCAACAGCCAAUGUGCCACUGAAAACACCCCAUCACUGCUUAUAAAUCAAAACAGUGAUACAUAUUGAUUUCACCAGAAGGAAAAAAAUCAACAAAAGUUAAAUUAAAGCACUCCUAAUGAACGAUAUACAAUAUGUUUGAAUUGAUUGUUAGAAGUAUGUAAAUGACUAUGCAUCAUAUUCAGAGUGUACCACAAAGUGUUGAGGGAACAAAGUUUGGAUCUGUGAUAGCGUCACAAAGGCAGUGAGGUGAACACGUUUUUGACAUGAGAGUGAGACCAACUCGUCUGUUACGGAGCCUCUUUUUGGUAGUGCUAAUCCUUUUUGUGAUGCUCAACAUGCAUGUGUUGUUGAAUUUCAAUUCCCACCACCCAGCAUCCAUGGAUAUUUCCCUCCUCCACAAACUGAGAAAUCCGGACAAUUAUGUCAACCCUCACGUGCAGGUCGGACAUGAAAAACUUGACACCAUCACACCUCAAAGUAACGAAGCCAAACUGGAAGUGUUCAUCCCACCGCUUAUGUAUAAUCAGACAUUUUUGAAAGGAGAUGUUCAGGAAAACAAUUUAACACAAAUUAAGUCAGAAAUAGAUAAAAUCAAUCGAGAACAGUUUAUCCAUAAUUUGCAUAAGUUUGGACUUAAAUUACGGACAGACAGUGUUGUCAUGGUAGUCCAAGUCCAUGAUCGAGCUCAGUACCUCCAAAUGCUUGUGGACUCGCUACGUAAAGUGAAGAAAAUAGAAGAGACACUUGUGAUAUUUAGUCAUGACGUAUAUUCAGAGGCCCUGAAUAAAAUUGUGCAAUCUAUAGACUUUUGUCCGGUGAUGCAGAUAUUUAUGCCUGUGACUGCUCAACUUCACCCAAAAGAAUUCCCUGGUGAACACCCCAACGAUUGUCCCCGCAAUAUAAAAAAGGCCGAGGCAGCAACUAAAAAAUGUAACAAUUGGGAACACCCAGAUAAAUAUGGACACUACAGAGAAGCUAAAUACUGUCAAACCAAGCACCACUGGUUAUGGAAGCUUCAGCGCGUGUUUGACGAGCUGGAUGUGAUGAAGAACUACACUGGACAGGUUCUGCUACUGGAGGAGGAUUACUACGUAGCACCAGACAUCAUCACCACUUUACAAAUGACGCUCAAUCUCAAGAAAAAAGAGUGCAAGGAAUGUCGUAUGAUAACAGCCGGGAAUUACGACAAAUCUCAACUUUUCUCCGCAAACUCGGGCAAGAUGGAGUUAGCAUCUUGGAUUUCCUCAAGACACAAUAUGGGAAUGACAUUUGCUCGAGAUUUGUGGAAUGAAAUCAAGAAGUGUGCCAAAGAGUUCUGCAACUUUGAUGAUUACAACUGGGACUGGACGUUGCAGCACUUGAGUAUGAAGUGUAUUCCAGGCCAAAUUAAAUUGCUCAAGAUGAAGGCUACUCGAGUCUUUCAUAUGGGGGAUUGUGGAGUACACCAUAAAGGGAAGAACUGUAAUCCCCAAGUAAAGAAAGCUCAGGUGGAGAACCAGAUUAAUCAGAACCUCAAACACUUGUUUCCUAAUGUGGUCAGUGUAAAUGGACAAUCACGGUUCAAGUUACGGGACCCAAAACCAAAUGGAGGCUGGGGCGACAUAAGAGACAGAAAUCUGUGUCUAAGCUUCAUGAAUGGUGCAUAAUCGAGGGAAUGAUAUAAAAAAAAACAUAAUUCAAUAUGCAGGGAACAAUUAAUAGAGAAAAGAAUAUAAAAAUAUAAACAUUCUUAAGGAGUACACAACAUUUCAUUUAAUAUAUAGAAAUGGAUCCCAGAUGAGGGAUAUGUGUCCAAAUAAUGCAGGUCUUUAACAGGUGUCCUUUGAUAGUAUAUGCCUUUCUGUAUGAUUAUGUAUUGUGAUUUUUCGACACUGACUGUGAUGUAUCAAUAAUGGGCAUGUUUAUUUUCUAUAAGCGACAAGCACAAUAGAUGGAUGAAUGGUCAUAGUUUGUGGUUUACAUGUAUCAAUCAUAAUUAAUUUGUGGAUCAUCGGAUCAUAGAACUUUUUGUUAGAAUUGAUUCUUUCUUUUUUUGGAUUCUUUUUACUAUUACAUAUAUUGAUUAGAUGUUGUUGGAAGAAACAGAAUUGUUUGGUGAGAAAAUUUGUACAUACAGGUACAUUGCUUUGAGAUGUAGGACAUACAUUCUUUGUUAUGAAGAUUGUUGCAUGUAUCACCCAGGAUCCAUGUUUAUUCAACAACUUGCAUAAGAUGACGUGAACAUCUAUAUCUUGUCUUUUUUAAAAAUUAAGGCUUUUGUGUGUUGAAAGAAAUCUUAAAAUUGUGGUAGCCUCACAAAAAUUGUGAAAUACAGAAUACACGUAUGAAUUGUAUUUUUGACUUUACUUGGAAUUAGCUUUAAAGCAGGAUACUUUUAAAAAGAAUUUGGUGGCAAUCUAUUAGGUUUAGUGUUUGUGAACACCUCCCUUCAAAAUCCAUAAACAUUGAGUUAAAAUGUACAGAUUUUACAGUGCAUACUAGUAGAUUUCAAAAGCUUUCAAAUUAUAACUUAAAGUAAUAAUCAAGUGUUAUGAAGUGGAGAUUUGACUUUGGGGGAGGAUGGAUACAAGUACUGGGUAUUUUCAUUGAAAGUGCAAGAACAAAGAUAUUAACACUAAGAGGCUUGUGGGAAGUUUAUUGGAUGGAAAGCUUUAUAUUUUCUCGAUGAGAUGUGAGAUAUUUUUUAUAUUACCAUAAUCAUAUUGGUUAGACAUUCUUUAUCAAGUCUCCCAAAUGAAGUUUUGAGACUUCCUUGUUUUUGCCCUGUUCUUAUCAUGCUUCUUUUUCCGCUUCUUUCUCGCGCCUAAAACUGUCCAACGCCGUACUCCGUAACCAGGUGAUAAAAGUAUUAGAUAUUCAAGGAUAUGAUAGGGCAAUGUAUCUAGAUGUACAGAAAUGUUUUUGUUUUCAGAUUAAAAGGGGUUAAGAUACAUUUUGGGGGGAUCAAAUGGGGGUGGGGUUAAACAAGAGAACUUUAUGGGGAAAAUAUUAAUUUGAAAAUUCAACAGAUAUAAGAUGAAAAAUAUGAUAGAGUCCUGGGGUCUUCGGAAAUGAAAAGAGAAUGACAGGGCCUACAAAUUAGUAUCGAGUUGACUCCAUUGACUUUGAUCUUUGUCAUAAAAACUUGUAUAACUUUAGAACCGGGACUAAUAGCGACAUGGGAUUAUCAAAAAUGAUGAGAGGAUGUUGGGACCUACAAACUAGAAUAAAGGUCAAGUGACACCAGUUUUACUGAAGGAAAAAAGGGGAUUUUUUUGAAAAAUUUCAAAAUAAAAGUCUUUGUGAUCUGCAUUUUUCAAAUGAAGUUAAAUUGGCAUGGAUUUUGUCAUGGGAGGAAAAUUGUAGUACUCAGAAAAAGCCAUUUUUAUACAACCAGUACUUCAUUUGGGAGACUUUAUAAUCGAUAGAUUAUAAUCAUAUCUUGUUAAUGUAUUAUAUACAUUUUUUUGUUUACAAAGUGAUGUAUAUUUCAUCUACUUUAGUUUCUCGGUCUUUAAAGAUCUCAUAAUGAUUUCAUUUAUUUUCGUGGUAGGGCCGAUUUUGACCCUUCGUGGGCCUACUUCUUUUAUCUGAGCUUUAUUUCCUGCAAGCUUUUAUAUAGAUAUGUCUCAGAACUCAGCACAGAUUGUGUGUUUCUUUAUAAACAAGUUCAGUGCAAUCAAUUUUUGAAAGAUGUCAUAAGAUUCUGUGUGAUGUGUAGGGAGCCCAACAGAUGAGAAAGAAUGGAAAAUUAUUGUUAUCAGCAAGACCAUGCUACAAUUACAUGUAAGUGAAAUGUUUAAUCUUUGAAAGAUGUUACCCCAAAAUCUAGAAAUAUCAAUAACAAAUGUAUGAUCUUUGCUGGAGCAUAUCUCUUGAGAUAGAUUGUGUCUUCAUUCUUGACAUAAGUGUGGUUUUGAAUGUGAAAUCCCUAUAGCAUCCAUAUUUAGAUAUACAGUGAAAGUUUAUGUGCCUUUGCCACGGCUACAUCACAUUUCUCUGUGAUAAGCAUUAGUAUUCUAACUUUCAUACUCUAGUUUUACAACCAACAUGCCAAAUAUUGUAGCAUCAUUUACAAAUUGAUCAUCUCUCACACAUUUACUUGCUUUUCAAUUUGUCCAUUUUUUGACUAAUUAUAUGCUCACAGAUAAUGCAUCUACAAAUUGAUGAAAAUAAUUAUAGAAGUAGAAAACUUUGCUCCAUUUGGAAGAUUAUUAUAUCAUUAAAAAGUUGUCAAAAUUAUUUUUUUAAGUCUGGGUUUCCAAAAAUACACUGUAAGUUGUUUAGCUUAUAUAUGUAAAAACUUUUUUUAAUAUAAGAAAGUUUAGCAUCUUGAUGCUAUAUCCCAAUAUUACACAACAAUAGACAGAAAUAUUGGAUAUAUGUAAUUAAUAAAUCAAAUUCAGAAAUAGUUUUUUUUCUUCAUAAAUUUAACAAUUUUCAUUAAAUCUUGUGUGUUUGUAUGCUUUGAAUUUAAUUUUCAGAAUUCAAAUUUUCGUAAAUGCCACGUUAUAGUACUGCUUUUAAUAUUGCCAGGUUUCUAGUCGCCAGUCUUUGUCAGCGAGAUCAGCAUCUUUCAUCAUAUUCACUUCUUACAAGUUAAAAAUUCUUUAAUUAUUUAAGCAAGUGAUACUGUAGUAACUGUACUUGUACUAAUUUUAGCGGAUUUUAAUUUUAGCAGCUUUGGUGGUGAAGCAGGAGUGCAAAUUUUUUGCACUAAAUAUGAGUAUUUUUAUCCAUUAUCAUACAUGAAAGAAGCGCUAAAUCCUGAUUAUAGCAAACAGUGCAACAGCUCUGACUGCCAGAUUAAAAGUACGCUAAAAUAAAUAAACAUACCGCAGUCAAUUGGGUUUAUUCGUUCUUUUCUAUCAAACACUGCCCCUUACCUCAAAAAUUUUAAAUAGUGUUCAUUUUAUACUACUUGUACCCAUUAUUUCUUUUUAAAGUACUUGUAUGCAUUAUUAAGUAUCACUCUGUAUCACUUCAAAGAUACUAGAAUGCUAAGUUUGCAUGUAAUUCUGUUUACAUUCUCGGUGAAAAUUCUGUCGAGUUCUGUUUGUAGAGUUAGCGUAGCUUUUCUAUAACACUCAAACCACCAGUUCAACAGGAGUUCAUCAUCAGUAGUGUCUCCCGAAGCUAAUGAAAUAGUACAUGUACAAGACAUUGUGCUAUAUAAUUUGAAAGUGGUCCAUUUUUUUUAAUUUGUGUAUUGGAUAGAGCAGUAAGUAUUAUUGUGUCGCCUGCGUUACACGCAGUGGCGACAUAUAGGGAUCACUAUCCGUCGUCCUGCGUCGUCACAAAAAAUUUCUGUCACAGUUUUCUCAAGAACCACAUGGGGCAACUCCCUGAUAUUUGGCACAGAGCAUCAGUGUGGCCAACUGUAUUGUGUAAGACAUUUUCGAAUCUGUCGCUUAUCAACUUCCUGUUUGCCGGGACUUAGAAUUUUUUAUAGCAAAAAAAUUUCUGUCACAGUUUUCUCAAGAACCACAUGGGGCAACUCCCUGAUAUUUGGCACAGAGCAUCAGUGUGGCUAACUGUAUUGUGUAAGACAUUUUCGAAUCUGUCGCUUAUCAACUUCCUGUUUGCCGGGACUUAGAAUUUUUUACAGCAAAAAAAAUAAUUUACUUUUUCAACAUUAUAUGUGAUAUAUUACAUAUAGAAUGAACUAGCAGGCGACACAUGUCUUCCGGGGAAGACUUAAUACUGCGUUAAGUUAUGAACUUGGGACCAGUGCAAAAACUUGCUUUUCUUUGUUAACAUUAAUUACCACCCUAAAACAGAUCUAUGAGAAAAGUUCAUUUACUUGUAGAAAAAAAGAUGUGGUGCAUCUAAUUUUCAUUAUUAUGAUAUGUUUCUUAAAAACAUUAUACUGGGGGGAAAAAGGAAUUUUUGAUUUUAUUUCUUUCAUUUUUUAGACCUCUGUAAAUUUACAGCACAUUGUAUUGUAACAUAGUGGAGAUAAUGACCAGCUCCCGUAGUGCAGGAUUACACUUUUUUCUAGACUGCAUCUGGACAUUACUCUGUGAAUAUGACAUUACAGCACUAACAAUUGAAAAUGUUGCAUUAAAGACAAUUCAAAUGUAUAUCCGCAUACUACAAUCGUCAAGCUACCGUAAAUCUGGUCAUUUUUGCUAUAGGUGAAUUUUUUUGCCGGUCUUCAAUUUGCAAAAAAUAUUUGCAUGAAAAAAUCAAUUCUUUGAAAAUACUUACCAGACAGAUUUAGCAAAUUUGAUUUUUUUUCGAAAACGAAUCUAAGCAGAGAUUUCCAGAUUUAUGGUAUUGAGAUUAUUUUAUCACUCAUAUACUGUAAUCAAAUUUUAUCAAUUUGUAUCAUAUGAUAAGUCAAUUGUGAUAAUGAUUCUGUGUUCUUGUUAAUUUAUUGAAUAAAAAUUUUCCUACAUAA